AUGGCACCCAAACAUGACGACGAUGCGGUCGAUAUCGCUGAGCAUGAACAAGCUCAUGCCAACGAGUACGAGAUCAAGGACCUGGCCUUGGCUAAACAAGCCGCCGAGGACGAGCACAAUCUUGGCUUCCUUGAAGCCAUCCGCCUGUAUCCCAAGGCUGCGCUGUGGUCCGUCCUAGUUUCCGCCUCGAUUAUCAUGGAAGGAUACGACAUCGUCCUCAUUUCAUCCUUCUUCGCUCAACCUGCUUUCAGAGAGCAUUAUGGAGAAUACAUUCCAAGCAAAGGAUCUUACGAAAUCACCGCGGCCUGGCAAAACGGACUCAGCAACGCCGUGAGUGUUGGCACUAUCAUCGGGGCCUUCGCCAACGGCUACUUCACCCACCGUUUCGGAUACCGAAAGGUUCUUCUGGUGUCCCUCGCUUCAAUCUGCUGCUUCAUCUUCAUCUCUUUCUUCUCGCCAAAUCUUCCAGUACUGCUCGUAGGCCAGUUCCUUUGUGGAAUUCCAUGGGGUGUCUUCGCAACAACAGCCCCAGCUUACGCAUCAGAAGUUUGCCCUCUUGCACUACGCGGCUACCUGACAGUCUACGUCAAUCUCUGCUGGGCUCUCGGCCAGCUCAUUUCGGCCGGCGUUCAAGCUGGGUUCUCGGAGAGAGUCGGUCAAUGGUCUUACCGGGUACCGUUUGCUAUUCAAUGGGUGUGGCCGCUCCCUCUUUUCGCCAUCCUGUGGUUCGCACCAGAGUCGCCUUGGUACUUUGUCCGCCUGGGCAAAUAUGACCAAGCUGAAAUGUCGAUCCUCCGCCUCAGUUCGCCUUCACAGCGCAGCCAGGCGAAGCAGAAAGUGGCCAUGAUGAUCCACACAAACGAGAUCGAGGCCCAAAUGGAUGAAGGCACAUCCUACAUGGACUGCUUUCGAGGUGUCGACCUGCGCAGAACCGAGAUCGCGUGCCUGGCCUUCGCUGCUCAGCCUUUUUGUGGAUCCGCAAUGGGAGGCACGCCAACCUACUUCUUUGUUCAGGCUGGGCUCUCCACCUCAAUUUCAUUCCAAAUGUCUGUCGGGGGACUUGGAAUCGCCUCAGUUGGCACGAUCAUGGCUUGGGGUCUUCUCCAUAUGUGUGGGCGCCGUACUCUGUACCUAUGGGGCCUUGGCCUUUUGACCCUCAUACUUGUCGUGGUCGGUUCGAUCAGUGCCGGCGCACCCAACUCAGAUGCCGCAAACUAUGGUCAAGCCGGCAUGAUGCUUGCCUGGCUAGCUGUCUAUUAUCUUACCGUUGGCCCGAUCUGUUACGCCAUCAUUUCCGAAGUCUCAUCCACGCGCCUCCGCAAUAAGAGCGUGUGUCUGAGCCGAAUCACUUAUUACGUUGCUCAGAUCAUCUGCAACGUCAUUAAUCCUUAUAUGCUCAAUCCGACAGCGGGAGGCUGGAAAGGCAAGACUGCAUUCUUUUGGGGCGGAUGUGCGUUUGUCUUCUUCGUCUGGACAUACUUCCGGUUGCCUGAGCCUAAGGGCAAGACUUUUGAAGAGCUUGACAUCCUGUUUGCUAGAGGUGUCAAGGCAUCGGACUUUGCUUCCUACAAAGUCGAUGCAUAUGCAGGCGGGGAGGAGGCUUUGACUAAAGAAGGUUGA